AGUAAGCCCGGUCGUGGAGCCCAGAGACAAGUUUCUAUCGUCAAGAAUGAGUAUCUGUAUGUUAAUAUUUUAGUGGGUGUGCAGAUAGAAACUUUUCUGUGGGCUCCACGAUUUAGGGUUGGAAAGGGAAACUGAGGUGCUUGGAGAAAACCUACCGCAAUGUCACGUUCCCACCAAAAAUCCCGGAACCCGGGCCAUCGCGGUGGGAAGAGGGUUACUAACAGUCUGAGCUAUGGUAUGGCCUUGCUCAUUGUUCCACUGCAUUAUGAUUAAGCCCUGGGCAACGGCAAGCAUUUAAGAUAUUUAUUUGAGAGGUAUGAGGUUUGAAGCUUGGUCACGUAACCGGCAAUCCUGACCGCAAUAUUUCAUAGUUUCCAUCAACUUCCUCAGGCAAAGUGAAGAGAGUAACGCGGCAAAAGCCACGUCCCUCCGAAUUCUUUCAAGCGGCGUCUCUGAGUAUUGUAGGGCUCAAGUAGGCCUACUUCAUAGAAAUGUUGUUGAAAUACGGCCCUGUAAUGGAAGCAGUUGCUGUACGCUUUUAUGGCAAGAUUCUCUGUGAAAUUAGCUUUCAUUUACAGAUAAUCUGUAAUAGAAAUAUUUUAACUUAUAACCGUGAUACAUUUAACCAGGCUUCAUCAACAUUUCUUUCGUGUUCUCUUAAAUUUAAUUUCCAACUGGUUCCCGUAAACAUCACCUUCAAUUAUUCACUUGCAGUUUUAAUUAAGAGCUACAGAUGGCAGAGGGAGCGGAAAGUAGGUAAUAGUUAUUAGUGCAUCCAGUAGGUGGCUCUACCUAACACUGACCCUUUUCGCGGGGUCUACUAAUAGCGGGAUUUUCUUCUCCCGCUGCUAUGACGCGCGCCGGAAGGUUAGUGUGCUUGUUGUGUUGUGCAUGCUCGUACCACGUGUCGGUUGUUUACGGGGUGUUCGAAAACUAAAAGCAGUGAUGUUUGAAAAUAAUUUCUUUGCAUUCAUCUGGAAAUCAGAGUGUAUUCAUUAACUUUGAAAUGUAUGUUUGAAGUGCCUUUCACAGAAGAAAUCAGUUUGUAUACGCAGUAGAAUCAUGAAUAGGCUUCUAGUACUGUAUGUACUGGUGUACGCCUCCUGGUCUUCCAUUGCGAAUGGUGCUUCAGAUCACAACAGCAUCAGCAAGAACGACUCGAGUGGCGGUAACAACGGGAACAACGGGAGUGGCGUCGGUCUGUUCCCGAGCGUCUUCAAUCUGGCGACGCGCGCCACCAUCAGGGCAAAUGCGACGUGCGGCUCCACGGGGCCUGAGGUGUACUGCAAACUGGUGGAGCACGUUCAGAUGCGAGCCCCACAGUGCGGGGUGUGCGACUCCAACUCCCCCGACCACGACAAGAGGCACCCUAUCACGCACGCAAUUGACGGCACCCCCCGAUGGUGGCAGAGCCCCAGCCUGCAGAACGGGCCUCAGUAUGAGUGGGUCACAAUCACCCUGGACCUAAAACAGGUGUACCAGGUGGCGUAUGUGAUAGUGAAAUCUGCAAUAUCUCCAAGACCCGCGAAUUGGAUCUUGGAGCGUUCGAUAGAUGGCAGCACGUACCGACCGUGGCAGUAUUAUGCUCACAGUGACGACGAAUGUUGGACACGAUACGGGAUUGAGCCCACGAGGGGAAAACCCUCGUACAAAAGGGAUUCUGACGUCAUCUGCACAUCCUACUUUUCGAAACUGAACCCACUCGAAGGAGGCGAGAUUCAUACAUCUCUGGUUGUUGGUCGUCCUGGGGCAAAUGAAUCAAGUGCUGAGUUGCUGGAGUUCACACUUGCCCGCUUUGUGCGUCUGCGUCUGCAGAAAAUACGCACAUUGAACGAAGAGUUUAUGUCAUUGUCACCAGGCCUUGAUGAUGCCUCUGUGACCAGGCGUCUCUUCUACUCCAUCAAGGAUGUCAGUAUCGGAGGCCAGUGUGUCUGCUCAGGCCAUGCCAGCAAGUGUACGCAAAAUGGAAAGUUUGGAAGGGCACAGUGUGAGUGCCAGCAUAAUACUUGUGGUCCCAACUGUGACCGCUGUUGUCCACUGUACAAUCAGCUUCCAUGGCGUGCUGGGACUCCAUCUGACGGAGCACAAUGUGAGCCAUGCCAGUGUUAUGGACAUGCCACCAGCUGUCGUUACAAUGCUACAGCUGCAGCUGCUCACCUGAGUCGAGAUGUAUAUGGGGAGUAUCGUGGGGGAGGUGUCUGCAUAAAUUGCACGGCGCAUACAACAGGCAUAAACUGCGAGCGAUGUGAAGAUGGGUGGUAUCGACCGAAAGGUGUAUCCUUACUUGAUCCAGCUCCUUGCCAGCCCUGCAACUGUGACAACAAGCCUGGUGCUACAGGACGAUGUACGCAGGAUGGGGAUUCUACAGGCAAGGAAGCAGGAAUUUGUGAAUGUCGUGUGGGAUUUGGGGGUCCACAAUGUGAUGUAUGUGCCCCAGGUUUUCGAGAUUACCCCAACUGUACCCCAUGUCCAUGUGAUAUUCGAGGAAUUGACUUGAUGACUGACUGUGAAAGAAGUUGCACCUGUAAGGACAAUGUGGAAGGUGAAAGAUGCGAUCGCUGCAAGCCAGGUUACUUUGCUUUGAGCAGAGAUAACCCUGAUGGAUGUAUGCAAUGCUACUGCUCUGGUGUGAGCAGGUCUUGUCAUUCCAGUACAGACCUGCUGCUUGAGACUUUUUCAGCAUUGUCAGGGUGGCUGGUAAGUGACCUAGCAGUGAGCAGAACAGUUCUUCCUUCGUUAGACACAGAAACAAGGCAGCUAUCAGUUGGUAACUAUGAGUUACCAGGUGUCGAGAGCUACUUCUGGUUGGCUCCAGAACAAUACCGUGGCAAUCUUUUGACUAGCUAUGGAUCCAAUGUGAGCUUUAGUGUGAGCUGGGUUGUGAUGCGUGGAGACACCAGCGGGAGACCGACUGUUGGACCCAACAUGGUUCUUAUCGGGAGCAAUGGAUUGCGGCUUGGUACGGGAGAUCAUUCAUACAAGCCUCCUAAUGCUACAUUGACUAUCCCACUUCAUGAAGAUGCCUGGUAUCAUAUACCAAAUGAUAUUAGAGAUAUCAUUGGGCAUGAUUAUCAUGGCGCUCCAGCAAGCAGAGAUGAUCUGAUGAGCGUACUUACACAUGUGAAACAUGUCCUGCUCAGAGCAAAAUUCCACACUGAUCAAGUUGAGGGAAGUCUAAUCACUGCUAUGGUGCAGAGAGCAAUGGUUGGAGGCACUGGAUCUGUGACACACCUUGUUGAACACUGUGACUGCCCACCAGGCUAUACAGGUCUGUCGUGUGAGGCAUGUGGGUAUGGCUACACACAUGUGGGGCCCAGUCCAGGUCAGGGAGAAUGCAGAUUGUGUGACUGUCAUGGGCAUGCACCAACAUGUGAUCCUAUCACAGGAAACUGUGCUGCUUGUGAGCACAAUACAAAUGGCACCAAAUGUGAUUAUUGUGAAGCUGGUUACUAUGGAGAUGCAACACAGGGUACUCCAUCAGACUGUCAGCGUUGUGCUUGCCCAUUAGUGGAGGCUAGUAACAACUUCAGCCCACACUGUGAACUCAAAUCACCAGACGAAAAUGUUAUCGACUAUAUUUGUACAGACUGCCCACAAGGAUACGAUGGAGACCACUGUGAAAGAUGUAGCAGUGGAUUCUAUGGAACACCUGAAGAGCCAGGCUCCACUUGUAGGCGUUGUGAGUGUGGAGGUGGACCUUGUGAUAAACGUACUGGUCAGUGCUUGCAGUGCCGUGGUAAUACUGGGGGUUGGAGAUGUGAUGAAUGUCUUCAAAACCACUAUGGUGAUCCUACACAAAGUGACUGCAAACCUUGUGCCUGCAAUGAACUGGGGUCUGAAUACACUGAUGGAUGUCAUGCUGAGACUGGACAGUGCAAGUGUCGGGAGAGGUACAUUGGACGGGCAUGUGACAGCUGCCAG